UGUAAAUAACAGGUGAAGAGAGCCUUUUUACUUUCAUAAAAUCAUGAUUUUCAUUCUCUACACAAGGCAGAGAGAUGGGAGGCGAAUACCAUUCAGGCCCAGGCAAUUGACGGAGAUUCGAAUGACAGCCACUGUCCCGGGCUUUGCCGAUCGACCCAUACAUCAUCGAUCAAGAAAGUAACUUGCGUCAAUAAUAUUGUUACGCCCUAUCCAACUUUCAAUUAUCUAUCUACCUGCCGAAAAGAAGAAAAAAAAAUCACAUUUUCGAUUGUCGAGCCACCGAUGACGGGCUCCCGAACAAGCAGCUUAGCGGAAUCGCGCUUGGCUGUCGGCUCACCAAACUCAGACUUGGCGCCGAGCCCCACUUCGACAAAGCACAUGGCCCCUCAUGAUCAGGCAGUUUCCACUGCAUCAAAACCUUGCUCCGAAUCUCGACACACUUCCUCUUCCACAUUUUCCUCCCCCCGCACGACGGCUGUUCAUCGUCUACAAAAGUCUCAGGCAAUCGCCCUGGACGUGGAGAGUCUUAAAGCAGCCGCUGACAACAACCUGACCAUGGCGUCGGUUGUUUCGCCAGCAGCAUCACUGGCCCCAGCAGGGCCACCAAAGUCAGUCACGAGUAAGGAGUGGGUUAUUCCACCAAGGCCGAAGCCAGGUCGCAAGCCCGCUACGGACACGCCACCUACCAAACGCAAGGCUCAAAAUCGGGCUGCGCAGAGGGCUUUCCGUGAAAGGAGAGCCGCGAGGGUUGGCGAAUUGGAGGAACAGCUCGAGGAGCAGACAGAAGAGCAUCAACGUGAGCAACAGUUAUUAAAGGACCGCAUCCACUCUCUCGAGCUCGAGGCACAGACACUCAAAACAAGAUGUCAGGUCUUGGAAAACAUGCUCGAGAGAGAGCGGUUUGAACGCAGGAAGUGGAGCGAGGAUACUUCGCGGAAUUCAAUCUCCAGACGUGGAAGCGUCACACUUUUGCCGGCACAUAAUCCGUCACUUACGGGGCCUCUGUUUCCCAGCGCCGGAGCCAGUCAGUAUCACGGCCGAAGCUAUGAAGAGCAAGGACACCAUAUGGCAACCUCGCCAGUGUCCGGACCGAGGAGCCAAAACCACUCGUUCUCCAUCUCACAAAUUAUCUCGCCGCCAGAGGAGGCUGUAUCCAUUGCGCCGGCAUCACUGUCGUGCGGCUCAUGCGGCCCCACGGGGUCAUGCGCAUGUGCAGAGGAGGUUCUCGCUGCUACUGUAGGAUGCGGCAACUGCUCACUAGGCACAAAGUGCGAGUGUCUCGAGGCAACUGUAGAGAUGGCAAUGGGAUCUUCGGAUCUUAAAAGGCCUCAUCGCCCAGACUCGCCAUCAUCCACUGGCCCGGAGCCAGAGGAGAAGCGGCAGCGAUCUGAUACGGUUAUGGAGACCGACUUUACUUCCUAUUUUACCAACAAAAAGUCGAAUACUGAGCCCAAUCCAGCGCCGCGUUCCUUCCUCCCUCCACCAGUUCAAUCCAUCCCGCCGAGGGACUCUUGUGGCUUUUGUACCGAGGGGACCUACUGUGUCUGCGCUGAUGCGAUGAAUCCCAUCGUGUCUACCACACCAAACCUCACUGCUCCAAUUCCUGCAUCCAACCCAACGCGGCAGAUUCAGACGCCGCCACCAUCUGAAACAGACGUCAUGCCACCGCCAAUGGAAGUGACUGCAACUGGUGCUAUCAAGCUUCCCAGCUUCGAGUCCAUCCGCUAUGCCAAGGCGGCGGCGGCAAAGUCGUCAUCAUCAUCGUCAUCAUCAUGCGGACCGGGGGGUCCAGGAACCUGUGCGCAGUGUAUCGCUGACCCCAAGUCCGGAUUAUUCUGUCGCUCUUUGGCCGCCAGCCUGGAAAAAAGCGGCCAGUCGUCGUCGGGUGGAUGCUGCGGCGGUGGUGGACCUGGCGGCUGCUGCAAGCAACAGCCAGCCAAGACCAGCAAGCCAAAUGGCGAGCGCAUUGGCCUAAGCCUUUCAUGUGCUGACACAUACAAGACGCUUUCUAGCCACAAGGCUUUCGGUCAGGCAACCGAUGACCUCGCUACAUGGCUCCCUCUCUUGAAAGCCGCACCAAAACCCCAACCCAUGGAGCCUGGGAACAGCGCUACGGCGCCGAGACCUGCCAUGGACGUUGAGGCCGCCAGCAUUAUGAGCGUACUCAAAGGGUUUGAUGUCAGGUUUGGAUCUGGCAAUUGAAGUCUGAGUCUGUCUGGGCUCGACGACCGAAAAGCAAAGCUCUUUGAAAAAAGGGCACAUUGCCUGCUAUGAAACUGUCUCCUAUGGAGCUGACAGGAUCAAUGCCGACAAAAGGGCUAUGCGGCCCACCGCAGCGACCUGGAACAAUUGUUACAUUGGUCCUCGGCCAUCGGUCAAGCACAACAGCGACUUGUGCGGACCGCUUGAUCGGAAGCAACUAGUUCUAGUCAAAAUCCUGAAGCCACUGAUGUGGCGGCCGAGAAGGCCAAUCAAUAUCUGCAGCUUUGGCUGCGCACGCCUCCACGUCAUAGAAGGCGAAUGAAUAUGGGAAAUAUGUGUGUUGGAAUGUUUCAUUGCAUUGGGACCUGGAGACAUUGUUAGGUGCUUCACGUUCAACAAAGCAAGAAAUAAAAGUAGUGUUGCUGUAAAUAGACACUGCAUUUGGGGAGGAUCGGUCGCACGCAUAGAUGUACAGAGCGUGUUUUUGUAAAGUGCAUCAUUGCAGCUUGGCUGCUGCUGGUCACGAGAAGGCGUUUGGUGUUUGGCAGUACAGUUUAUACUACGAAAGAAAGAAAAAGAGGAUUGGUUGGAUGAUUAACCGUAUUCUCUUUGCAGAUGUGCAUCGUAGGUUGUGUUGCUUGCAUUUGAUUUUAAUAUAUUUGUCCACGUUCUGCAGGUUUGAGGCCAACGUUGGAAUUUCUCCAGCCUCUUCCUUGACCGCGUUAUUGGC